AUGGACUCAACACUCCCUGAUGCUUUUGAUGCAUCUCAAACUGGUUUAUACGCGGGGCAGGCUUCUAGCACAGGGGUGCUUGAUCCAGAGGGUACAAAUGGAAACAUGAUAGCAUCAGCGCCUUUCGUAAAGGUUGAUGAUCCACCUAAAUUUGAACUCGAGUCUUACAUAGCGAACUACACCGGCACUUGUUCCACGUAUCUCUCUACGGAAGCACUCAAGGCUGCGGUUGUUGAAGCAAAGGCGGGAAAAGAUGUCGUCAGGUAUCAACAGGCUGUGCGAGCGUUGGCCGAAGUCUCCCCAAAUGAGCCUGAAGCCAUCGAGGACACGAAAUGGGUGGACCAUAUGCAGAGAGUUGUGAAGUCUGAAACGGAUCGGUUAGAGCAUGAGCUGAGGGGCUACAAGAACAAUUUGAUCAAGGAGAGCAUACGGAUGGGCAACGAGGAUCUCGGACUUCACUACCAUCAAAUCGGCAACUUGGUUGCCGCUUCCAAGGCCUACUCGCGCAUGAGGGACUACUGCACGACACCCAGCCAUAUCGCGUCUAUGUUGUUCAAGAUUAUCAAUGUGGCAAUCGAACGGGGAGACUGGUUGAGCGUACAAUCCAACGUGCACCGGCUGCGCAACCUCCAAUCGAAACCGGAAGAGCAGGCGAAGAAUCAACCUAAGAUAUCAGCCGCCUUGGGCUUGUCCCAGCUGCACUCCGGGUCAUACUUAGAUGCUGCCAACAGUUUCUUGACCACUGAUCCAUCACUUGGGGAUUCCUACAACGAAGUCGUCACAUCGAACGACGUGGCGGUCUAUGGUGGGCUCUGUGCUCUUGCGUCGAUGGAUCGUAACGAGCUCCAGCGACGCGUACUUGACAACAACUCGUUCCGCAAUUUCCUCGAACUCGAACCGCAUAUUCGCCGGGCAAUCUCGUUUUUCUGCAAUUCGAAGUUCCGACCUUGUUUGGAGAUUCUUGAGUCCUACAAAGCCGACUAUCUACUUGACAUCCACCUUCAGCGUCAUGUCAGCACCCUUUUCACCCGCAUCCGCACGAAGGCUAUCCAGCAGUAUCUCGUUCCUUUCAGCCGCGUGACGCUCGAUUCCAUGUUGAAGAUCUUUGCUCCAGGGGUCGCUGCCGGCCAGGCGCACCCGACCGACUUCAACUCCCCCUUCGUGCAAGAGUUAAUCACCUUGAUCCAGGAUGGAACGCUGGAUGCUCGAAUUGACUUGGAAAAGGGGGUUCUCGUAUCUAAGCAGACUGAUCUACGGACAGACGUGCAGCGAGCAGCGCUGGAAAGCCUUGUCAACUUCAGGAAAGAGGCACAUCUCCGGCUGUUGCGGACUAACAUCCUUCGUGCCGGGCUAGAGGUGCGGGCGCCGGGGGACGACAGAAAGCUGAGACCAGAGGACCGAGGCGUUGGAAAGGGGUUGGCUGGGCUAGGGGGCAAGUACUCUCGGUGA